UAAUGACAACCGAUUCCUUCAUUCACAAGAUCUCACAAAUGAAACUCCAACUUAACAAUAAAACCCCCCUUCUUUCCCCCCAAAUUUCACACACACACAAACACACACCUACUACUAUUCUCUGCUCCAUCAUCUCUCACAUUAUCCGCGUUAAUUUUCUAUCAGUUUGGUUGCUGUUUGGCGUUUGAAGGAAGUAUUUCAGUCUGAUUCGACACGAUGGUUGGUUUCGAGAUGGAUGAUUGGAAAAAGAUUGGGCUCGGAUUGACUGGAUUUGGUGUAUUCUUCUCGUUUCUGGGGGUCAUGUUUUUCUUCGACAAGGGAUUACUUGCCAUCGGAAAUAUACUUUUCAUUUCGGGAGUGAUAAUGACCAUUGGUGUCAAGUCGUCUUUGCAGUUCUUCAUGAAACCCAGCAACUUGAAGGGCACAAUUUCUUUUGGCAUUGGUUUCUUUUUUGUCAUAAUUGGAUGGCCUGUAAUAGGAAUGGCAAUAGAGGCUUAUGGUUUCAUUAUUCUUUUCAGCGGCUUCUGGCCCACACUAUCAGUUUUUGUGCAGAAGAUACCUAUUAUUGGUUGGGUGUUUCAACAGCCUUUUAUUAGAUCGUUCCUUGAUCGCUAUCGUGGCAGAAGGGCUCCUGUAUGAAAUUAAAUUCAAACUUUCUGGCCAAAAGUGUUGCAAAUGAUGGCAAAUCUUGUGAAAUUUGAACGGUUUUUCUUCAUUUUGGUAGAGUAGGAAUUCAUAGUGUAUAAAGAUCUUACCAGGCUAUGUUAUUUUGUUCAUUGAUUUGUGAAUUUUAAUACGUUGUUGGGUAUCCUAGUUUCUACCAAUUUUGGGUAUCAUGAAUUUUGAUCACUCAGAUUGGAUUCACUCAUCAAAUAUAUUUGAUACAUUGAACUU